AACCACAACUCUUCAACCUCACGCCUGCCAAUUCACCAACAUCCACGCCAGGAAUAAUGGCCUCCAAACUAUUCCCCGCCGUUGUGCGCUCGUCCCGCCAGAUUAUUCCACAAGUUUCCAAACCCCAAUGGCGAUCAUUCUCUGCAGUUGCGCCGAAGCUCAGCGAUACUCUCCAUGUGCACCGCAACAAACCCGACAACAACCCAUCCAUCCCUUUCAAGUUCAGCAAAGAGAAUGAAAAAAUCAUCGAUGAGAUCCUCAAACGCUAUCCUCCCCAGUACAAGAAGGCCGCUGUUAUGCCCCUUCUCGACCUCGGACAACGCCAGCAUGGAUUUACUAGUAUCAGCGUUAUGAACGAGGUGGCUCGUUUGUUGGAGAUGCCCCCAAUGCGAGUUUAUGAAGUCGCGACUUUUUAUACCAUGUACAACAGAGAACCUGUAGGCAAAUACUUUGUCCAGGUCUGCACGACGACACCCUGCCAACUUGGUGGAUGCGGAAGCGACAAGAUCGUACAGGCAAUCAACAACCAUCUCGGCAUCACCCCCGGCCACACUACAGAUGACGGCCUCUUCACUUACAUCGAGGUUGAAUGUCUCGGUGCCUGCGUCAAUGCUCCCAUGGUCCAGAUCAACGACGACUACUACGAAGAUUUGACUCCCGAGUCCAUUGUUCAACUCUUGACUGCCCUCAAGGAAUCAGCCACAAAUCCUGCUGCCAAGGUCCCUGCUCCUGGACCUCUCAGUGGACGGGAAACAUGCGAGAAUAGUGCCGGUUUAACGAACCUCAAGGAGGUUGUAUGGAACCCAGAACAGAUGAUGAGGAAGGACGGAGAGUUGUAAGCGGAAGCGCCUUAUGGACUCUUGUUUGUUUUUCUUUUCUUAUUGCAGAAGUCGUCUUAUGCUAUAGAACUGGGAUUGCGACUUCGGUAUUGGUGAGAUUUCGUGGAGACGGUGGUUAAGAUUAUGUUCUUUUAUAACUGUACAGUAUACCGUCACCAUAGUUUGUGGUUUUUUAUGCAAGAAAGAAAAUCAAACCAUACACAUCACGUGUUC